UUCGCAACACUAUGACACAAGAACAUAAAAAAGGGUGGAAAUGCCCUGCCUGCUACUGUAAGUUGCCCAAGAACGGAAAUUUAAACACACCAGUGAGACCUUUAAAUCAAAAUGAAAUUGACCGUCGGCCUCAAUCGCCUGAAACUGCAAAUGUCACCUUUCGAAAACAUACAUCUGCCCAAAUAAAUGUUUCUUUGUGUUCAGAGGAUAUUUCCUCUCUGGGAGAUACCAUUUUCACAGAAACCAAAGAAACUAAUACGCCUACCGAAUUAACACUGCAAAUGUUAAGCGAUACGAUUGCUAAAAAACUACAGGAAAAUAAUAUAAAAAUAAUAACAGAGCUACAAAACGCAAUAAAAAACGAAGUACAGCAAUCAGUAAAGAUUUUAAUGGAAGAACUAAAACAAGAUAUACAUUUACUAAAAGAAGAAAAUAACUGCAAUAAGCUGGAAAUACAAAAAUUACAUAUGAAAUUAGAAAACCAACAGAAAGAGAUUGAUCGACUAAAAACAUUCAAUGAAAAUAUUAAUACUGUUGGACACCAAAAUGCUGAAAUAAAUCGGAAAAAAAUAGUACUGUAUGGCUUAAAAGAAUACUACAAAGAACCAGAACAUAAUUUAUUGGAACGAAUCCAUGAAAUUUUUCAGGAAAUUUUAAAUGUAGAUUUAAAUGGAUACAUAGAGGAUACACAUAGAAUAGGACGCUACAAUAACAAUGGAAAUCGACCAUUGGUAAUAGAGCUGAUAAGAAAGAGAAUGGCUAAAUAUUUAAUUGAAAAUAGUAAUUGCUUUAACGGAAUCGUGUUUUCAGUAUCGGAAUUUUUGGACAGGGCCACCCAAUUGAAAAGGAAAGCUUUGCGAGAGGAAAUGCAUAUAGCAAGAAAAAAUGGCCUACAUGCAAUACUGAAAAACAACCAAUUAUUUAUAGAAGGAAAAAGAGUGAAUAUGAGCGAAGUUGCCCAAUCAUUCAACAUGAAGAAUCAGCCCAAUUCAAAAGACUAUGAAAGAAAAACGCAAAGUCCGGAAGAGAAUAAUACAAGCCGUAAUAAUGAUAAUUCCUUUCGAAAAAACUAAAAAAACACAAUUUACGAUUCUGUUCCAGAAUGUUCAAAGUAUCAACAACAAACAACAAAUAAUAGAGGCAUUUUUACAAGAAAAUCCAAUAUAUCAAGCAUUAUGCAUCUCAGAAACAUGGUUAUCCCAAGCUAAACUAGAUUUAUUGAAUUUUAGCGGUUACUAGAUAGCGUCAUCGUUUUGUAGGAGGGAGCGCGCUGGAGAAGGCGUUUGCAUUUUACUAAGAGACUAUUUGGAAUAUACUGAAAUAAUUGAUAUAACUAAAAUUUCACUGGAAUACAUCUUGGAAGUAACAGCGGUAGAAUUAAGUAAAGAAAAUCUAUUGUUAGUAGUAAUGUAUUGGAAUAGAAGAGAGGAAGACGCAUUUCGUGACCGGUUGAAGUUGAUUUUGAACUUUUUAAAUAAAAAAUACUCUAAAUAUAAUAUAAUUAUAGGCGGUGAUUUUAACAUAAAUAUAUUAGACAAUAACAAAAAGGGAACUGAUCUAUUGGAUUUUAUGUUAGAAAAUAAGUUUACACAGCAUAUUAAAGCACCGACACAUAUAACACAGACUACGUCCACAUGUUUGGAUCUUAUAUUUACCAACUUUGACCAUACAUACUUUCAUACCAAUGUAGAGGAGCUGGGUUUUUCGGAUCAUGCUGGAACCACUAUUAAUCUUACAAACAUACGUUCUAAACAAACAUAUUGGUACACAAAAAAACGUUUAUACAACAAUAAAAACAUAUCUGAAUUUAAAUUUCAACUACAACAAAUAAACUGGAAGCAAAUAAUAAACCCACAUAAAAAUAUAAAUGAUAAUUAUAAUGCGUUUCAAGAGACCUUAACUAAAACAUUAAAUACAUCUAUACCAAAGCAGACUAUCAAA